AUGCCCCUACAAACACCACAGGAGGCAUUCACACAUAUUGGACACGCCCCACCACCACCAUCACAACUAAUGGGCAGGAUGCACAUAAAGGCACCAAGCGGGGGUUCGUCGAAUUCGACGGGGUCCGGAUUCACGUCCGGAUCGGCAUCUGGGCAUUCGCAAUCGACAGAAUCGGGAUCUUCAGCUUUAACACAGCCAAACUUCGCGUCGGCAAUGCCACAGGCACAAAAAAUACACACAACAGUGCACCGGCGAAGCGGAUGGGUCCAGGUGAAAGAUGAAGGUAUCAUGUCGUUUCGAUGGCUAAAAAAAUUCAUGGUACUGAGCGAAACGAGCUUGGAACUGUACAAAAACGAAGAGAAAUCAGAGCUUUGGGACAGGAUCCCACUCCUCCACAUAUCGGGAUGCUUCAAGAACCAGAUCCGGUCUCACUGCAUCGAAAUCGUCCACAGGAGCAAGUCGACAUUCGUCGUUGUGAAGUCGGAGCAGGAUGUCAACAUGUGGAUCGAUUCAAUACUCGCAAAGUGCCCCAAGGAGGGCUUUUCGAAGCCCAUAAAGGUGACACACGAGGCACAGGUGUCGUAUGACCCGAUCGACGGGUCGUUCAAGGUGAAGGGUAUCCCUCCAGAGUGGAUAGCUCUUCUCAAGGGCUCAAAUAUCACGUACGAGGACUUUGCCGCCGACCCGGGUGCAGUUAUCGAUGUUUUGAACACUUAUUCGGAGAUGGUCACGCCGGAAUUGUUGUACUCGGGCAAAUUUUCGCCCAAGCAAGCCCAGCAUAACCCUGGUGGGGAGGCGGAUGCUGCAAGUGACGUUAAGAACGCGUAUGGAAACAAUGAGGGCAGAAAGAUGUAUGGCAGGUUUCAGGACAAGCCUGUCGGGUAUACGACUGAUGGUAAUGUGAACAACAUGAAUAGUGGGAACAUGAAGAGUGGCAGUAAUGUGAAUAACAGCGUGAACAACACGAACUUCAGGAAUGUGGGCCCAAACAUGCCUAGAGCAAUGGCAGUGAAUGCCACGCAGCCAGUUUUGAACUCGCAACUCUCGAGAGUUCGUGGCCGUGCUGGUCAGAUGCUUAUAAACGAGAUUACGAAGCCUUAUUCGGCAUCAAAGGGUGAGUAUGGCGGGAUGUCGCAUUUUGGAGCGAAUGGAAGGCCGAACGUGGGUUCUGGUGCAAGGUCGUUGGCCGCGGUGCCGAGCCGGGGGUAUUACCAGGGGUACGGGUCGUCUGGAGUGUCAGGAAUGACAGGAAAUUCUGGAAAUUCAGGAAUGACAGGAAACUCAGGAAAUUCAGGAUUGAUAAAACAUUCAGAAAUGUCUGCACCAUCGACACCUGUCCGCAGCAAAAUGCCUGUCGCAACGACUCCGUCGUACUCGUCCUCUGCAGUGAAAAACAAGUAUGUGCCAACAAGAAGAGCACCAAAGCCACCGACGCAGCAGAAGAUGCAGCAGAUGCAGCAGAUGCCGGCGGGAAGGUACCAGAAGCCGCUGGUCCAGCCGGGGGUCAAGAAGACGGACUUUAUCACAAGGCCGCUGGUAUCUCCGGCUCGGGUGAUGAGGCAACGUGAAAUAAAUACAAACGGGGUGGAGUCUCCGCGGGGUCGGCCGAAUAUUCCGGCGGAAGGUGGAAUGAAGCUGGCUAAACCAGUAAAGCCAGCAAAUGUAGUAAAUGCAGCAAGCCCGAUAAAGCAGAUGAGUCCAGGAGGCCACAGCAGAAAUUUGGCAAGUGCACAAAACCAUGGAAAUCAUACACAGGCAAACCCUUACGGCUCGCCAAAGAAAGCACACUACAGGCAUCGGAAUAAAAGAAGAGGAAGCCAGCUUACUGAGGCCCAAGUGAUGGAAAAGCUCCGGUCAGUGGUUUCUGACGAGGAUCCGACUCCAAACUUCAAGAUUUUGGAGAAGGCAGGCCAGGGUGCAAGUGGGUCAGUUUAUCUGGCCAGAGAUCGGAAGUUGGGCGGCAGGCAGGUUGCAAUCAAGCAGAUUGACAUGAGCAAGCAGUCGCGGAAGGAGCUCAUAGUGAACGAGAUACUGGUGAUGAAGGAUUCGCAGAACAAGAACAUCGUGAAUUUCAUCGAGGCCUACUUGAGAGGCAGCAACGACCUCUGGGUGGUGAUGGAGUACAUGGAAGGGGGCUCUUUGACAGAUGUCAUCGACAACAACGAUGUGAUAACUGAGCCUCAGAUUGCCCGCAUCUGCCUCGAGACCACUAAGGGUUUGCAGCAUUUGCACAGCAAGAACUUCAUCCAUAGAGACAUCAAGUCAGACAACGUUCUCAUGGAUGCCCGCGGCAAUGUUAAGAUCACCGACUUUGGUUUUUGCGCCAAGUUAGCCACAGAGAAGGCAAAGAGAGUGACCAUGGUCGGUACUCCCUACUGGAUGGCCCCUGAAGUUGUCCGCCAGAAGGAAUACGAUGCCAAAGUCGAUAUCUGGUCGCUUGGAAUCAUGGCCAUCGAAAUGAUUGAAGGUGAGCCUCCAUACUUGAACGAGGAGCCUCUCAAGGCUCUGUAUCUGAUUGCCUCAAACGGCACUCCCACACUCAAGCAUCCCGAGAGGCUCAGUGACGAGCUGAUGGACUUUUUGAGUGUCUGUCUCUGCGUUGAAGUCAAGUACAGGGCAACUGCCUCUGAGCUUUUGACUCAUCGCUUCUUUCGCAAGGCUUGCUCAACAGAGGGGCUGUCUGGUUUACUGAAGUUCAGGGAGAAGCACCAUUGA